UGACCUCCUCGGAGAACAUAAACCACUGCUGCUGGCUCACAGGACAGGCCUUUGGGGGACCCGGGGACAGGAGCAGUGGCAGAGGAUGAAGGAGGCAGAGUUGAAUGGAGAUGUGGCUCGAUUCUGCAAAGACAACCAGUAUGUCUCCCUACAGCCUGGAGGGCGGGACCCUAUACCAACUGUUCCCGUGGCUUCCAGGAUGCUGAGACUUGUCCAGGCCUUCUUGACACUUAUGGCUGUGUUCUUCUCUCUCCUGGCUCUUUUUCUGGUGGGUUUACAGACUUGGAGACCCAAGCAGAAUGAAGAUCCUUCCUUCCAAGCCUUGUUUCUGAGAAGCAACUCUACUAUACAGAAGCCUGACAAUCAUCCCUACUCUGGCAGCAUAGCAGAAAAGCAAGAGGCUACCCAGAGGGUUAGGGACUAUGUUGAGAAUUCUAACACUUGGUACGAGGAGAUACAGAUGCUGAAGUACCGAGUGGAGAAUGUUAGUUCUCAGGUCCAGUUGCUCGGGGACCACCUAGAGGAUGCCAGUGCUGACAUCCAGCAGGCAAAAGGUGUGCUGAAGGACUCAGGUUCCUUGGCUUUGGAGACCCAGGCACUGAGAAUCUCCUUGGAGUCGGCCAGUGCUGAUAUCCACAGUCUGAGAGGAGAUUUGGAAAAGGCAAAUGCUAUGACUUCCCAGACCCAAGGUCUCUUAAAGAGCAGCACAGAAAACACCAGUGCUGAUCUCCACAUCCUGGGCAGAGGCCUGGAGGAAGCCCAGACUGAGAUCCAGGCAUUGAGGAGAAGUCUGCAGAGUUCCAAUGACCUCAGCUCCCAGACCCAGAGCUUUCUCCAGCGCAGUGUGGACAACACUAGUGCUGAGAUCCAGGCCAUGAGAGACCAUCUGGAGAGGGCUGGUGACGAAAUGAGUUCAUUAAGGAAAGACCUGCAAACAGUCACUGCCCAGACACAAAAGGCGAACGGCCACCUGGAGCAGACGGAUGCCCAGAUCCAGGUGUUAAAAGCUGAGCUGAAAAGCACCAGCUCCUUUACCUUCCACAUGGAGGCCGUCAAUGAUCAGCUGAAGGAUGCCAGCAAAGAGUUACAGACCCUGAGAGGAGGCAUGACAGAUGUCGAGGCUCUGAAAUCCAAGGUCCAGAUGCUACAGAGCAGUCUGCAGAAGGCCAAGGCAGACUUGCAGAGUUUGAAAUCAGAUCUGGAGGCUACCAAAACUCUCAUUGCCAAGAUACAGGGGGAACAGAGUCGCCUAGGAGCCCUGCAUGAAGCUGUGGGUUCACAGGAGCAGAGAACUCAGAAUCAGCUUCUCCAGCUGAUCCUGCAGGGCUGGAUGGUCUUCCGCGGAAGCAUGUAUUACUUUUCUUAUGAGAAGAAGUCGUGGCAUGAGGCGGAGAAUUUCUGCACGUCCCAAGGAGCGCACCUGGCAUCAGUGACUUCUCAGGAAGAGAAGGAAUUCCUGGCAAAGUUCACAAGUGACGAGUACCAUUGGAUCGGGCUCACUGACCAUGGCAUUGAGGGCAACUGGCGCUGGGUGGAUGGAACACCGUUUAACCAAUACCUGAGCAAUGGGUUUUGGGGAAAAAAUCAGCCCGACAACUGGAGACAUCUGAAUGGGGAGGUUGAAGACUGCGUCCACAUGAGGCAAAUGUGGAAUGACAUGAUCUGUGGGGCUGCCUACCCCUGGGUGUGCAAGAAGUCCACAGGUCAGGCUGUGGCCUGAGUGGGCCAGAGCAGUCUUUCCUUCUCGAGACUCCCAGAGCCUUGGACUCACUGCAGAGUUCCUUGGGUCCUGUGUUGUUGUGUUGUUUAAUCAUGUGAAACACGCUUGCCUCCUGUGGCCCCCUUCAGCGAGAUGACUUCUUAAAGAUAAGCCCUGCAUGCUUGUGUCCCCUCAGCACCCCAACAUGCCUGCCCAACCAGGUCUUCAAUAAACACCCCCUGAAUGGAUGGAAACUUGGUACUCGUUCAUCCCUGUGGCUGCCUUCACACUCCUGUCUCUCUGGCCUGGCCCUCCUCCCCUCAGGGUCUUUCUGUUCCUACAGACAUCCUUUCCCACAGGCUCUGCUGUGACUGUGCCGACAGCAGUAGGGGCUACAAAAACUCCGGGGCCUUCUUAGGUCACCCCAGUGUUCCAUGGGUUUCUUCUGGGUGCAGAUGGGGUCCUGUUACUCUCCCUUGUUUUCUGGGGUGUGAGGUCUCUGCUCCAUCCUCCCAUUCAUCUCUCUAAUCUUUACAGGGAUUCUACGUUCUGCUCACCUUAGGAUGAGACCCUCAGGUGCUCUCUGUUGGUGCCUGUGGAGCACUCUAUCGAUGCACAAGGAAUCUCAUGCAGGUUUCUGGAUCUCUGUCUGUCUGUCUGUCUGUCUGUCUGUCUGCCUGCCUGCCUGCCUGUCUUCUGGUCUCGUCAUACUCUGCCCACAAGCUGCAGUAAGUUCUCUUUCCCCAGCAUGGGUAGAAUGCCAUACCUAGGUUAAUACUAUCUUCCCUGUCCUGUGGAAGAACCUUCAGAAAGAACGCCAUGGGGCCACAGGCUCCCCAUUUGCUUCCCAGCUCCCUAACUUGGCCCAAAGUUUUAGUCUGCCUGUGGUCCAGUAUCUGGAAAUAGUGGUUUCCUCUAUGUAUGAGUCUUUUAGUUGUUUACAGCCAAAGAGCUCCUCCAGCUGUGUCCAGCUGUGGCAGUUUGGGGGACGGAGACAUGGCUCUGUGGUUGAGUGAGUGCUGCUCUUGUGGAGGAUACUAGCUCAGUUCCAGCACUCUUGUCUGGAAGCCUGACUUCAGCUACAGAAGGUCUGACUCCCUCUCCUGGCCUUGUGGGCACCUGCACUCAUG